AAAUAGGCAGAUCAACUUUCUCAUGACUUAAAUGUGGGUGUUCCAGAGAUUUAGUGACACCAGUGAUCCAGAAGCCACUUACCAUGGGUUUCUCUUUGCUUAGCCUCACCAGAAACUUGGGUGGUGUCUCUGGGUUCUUCCAAGUGGUCUUCGUGAUCAGCCUAAUUUUGGUGCUUUUCAAGGCAGUCCAAUUCUACUUAAGAAGACAGUGGCUGCUCAAAACCCUCCAGACCUUCCCAUCCACGCCUUCCCAUUGGCUUUGGGGGCACCAACUGAAGGACAAGGACCUCGAGCAGAUUCUUACAUGGGUGGAGAAAUUCCCCAGUGCCUGCUUACAGUGGAUCUCAGGGAGCAAUGUACGAGUCCUGCUCUAUGACCCUGACUAUGUGAAGUUGAUUCUAGGGAGAUCAGAUCCAAAGGCUUCCAGAAUUUAUAGACUCUUUGCUCCCUGGAUUGGUUACGGUUUGCUUCUGCUGAAUGGGAAGAAGUGGUUCCAGCACCGGAGGAUGUUGACCCCAGCCUUCCACUAUGACAUCCUCAAACCCUAUGUCAGAAUCAUGGCGGACUCUGUCAACACAAUGCUAGACAGAUGGGAGAAGCUUGAUGUCCAGAAGUGCUCUCUGGAGAUCUUUCAAUAUAUCUCCUUGAUGACACUAGACACUGUUAUGAAGUGUGCUUUCAGUCACCAGGGCAGUGCCCAAUUGGAUGAAAAAUCCAGGUCCUACACUAAGGCUGUUGAGGAUCUGAAUAGCCUUACUUUCUUUCGAGCGAGGAGUGUCUUUUAUGCAAAUAAUGCCAUCUACAAAAUGUCUUCUGAUGGCCGUUUGUUCCACCGUGCCUGCCAGCUUGCUCAUGAACACACAGAUGGAGUGAUCAAGAUGAGGAAGGCUCAGCUGCAGAAUGAGGAAGAGCUGGAGAAGGUCAGAAAGAAGAGGCGCUUGGAUUUUUUGGACAUCCUCUUGUUUGCCAAAAUGGAAGAUGGGAACAGCUUGUCUGAUGAGGACUUGCGUGCAGAGGUAGAUACAUUCAUGUUUGAAGGUCAUGAUACCACAGCCAGUGGAAUAUCCUGGAUUUUUUAUGCUCUGGCCACACACCCUGAAUACCAACAGAGAUGCAGGGAAGAGGUACAGAGCAUCCUGGGAGAUGGAACCUCUGUCACCUGGGAUCACCUGGACCAGAUGCCCUACACUACCAUGUGCAUCAAGGAGGCCCUGAGGCUCUACCCACCAGUACCAAGUGUGAGUCGAGAGCUCAACACACCUGUCACCUUCCCUGAUGGACGCUCCUUACCUAAAGGUAUCACAGUUGCAAUCUCCAUUUAUGGCCUUCACCAUAAUCCAAGUUUGUGGCCAAACCCUGAGGUGUUUGACCCAUCGAGAUUUGCACCAGAUUCUUCUCGGCACAGCCAUGCUUUCCUGCCCUUCUCAGGAGGAGCAAGAAACUGCAUCGGGAAACAGUUUGCUAUGAAUGAGCUGAAGGUGGCUGUGGCCCUGACUCUGCUCCGCUUUGAGCUGCUGCCUGAUCCCACCAGGGUCCCAGUACCCAUACAGAGAGUGGUUAUGAAGUCCAAGGAUGGGAUUUACCUUCGCCUCAAGAAGCUAAGAUAAUUCUGGUGGAGAAAAGGACAUCUCUGGGGGCAGGCUGCCCUCAGUGUUUUCUCUUGUCACCUGCUUUUGUCACAGGUUUACCUGUAUUUCUUUGUUCCUGUCUUACCCUCAUCCCUUGGCUGUCUUUAAUGUCUCCUGUUGUCCCAUCUUUCUGCCUUUUCUCUAGCUCUUGCUAGUCUCCUUCCCAGAUUCUGUGCAAACCUGUGUCACAUCUGGCUGUGUCUCUGACUGGCCGCAUAAUGUAUUAACAUGUGCCUGUCCUCAGUUUACCCUUUAUAACCAUCACCCUGACAGAAGAAGUUAUAUAUUAAAGGGAGACACUCUUGCCUCUCCCUUUGGCUAUCAGGUUCUUGAGACAAUGGACACCAUGAAUGAAAAUGUCUUCAGGAAUCUGUGCCAGACAGAAGAGGAAAUUGGCUCAAGGAAGAGACUCUUCAUAUUCUUUCUGUUUGUCUCAUGGUGGAGUUAACAUAUGCAGAUUUCCUGGAGUUUGCUUUAUAGGGCAAGCUAUUAAUAAAUCAAUCAAUUUUACUUCA